AGUUCGUAAAUUUUAGACUGUCUUCCCGCCCGUCUGUUCUUCGACCUAUUGCGUUUUGAUGCUCUUCAUCUUCUCCAUCUUCGCUCGCGCCGUCGGUGUCGGUGUCGCGGGGCAGAGCUCACGCUAAAAGAGCAGUGUUACGCUGCCUGGUCUUUAUAGGGAGAAUAGAUGAUAGAAGUGUAAUGGAAGAUAUAGGAGAUACUGUUUCCUCCCUGUCCGAACUUAUUAAUCGCGGACGCCCGCUUACCGCCACAUCAUCUCUCGUUCCCCAUUGUGAGAUUUCUUCCCCAGAGCGUCAGAGGAAUUCCAGCCAAAGUCUCCGCCGGAAACCGUAUUUUUCUACCUGUCAAAACCCUAGUAGCCAGACCCUUAAACCCUUGAACCAACCAACGGUUCUUGUUGGGACUCUUACCCUACCGUCUUUAGUCGACCACAAAUCACCAAUUAUUUGUAAUUGCUUUCAGUUUUAUGACGAUUCCUCUACUGUUUGCUGUGAAAUUUUAGAUUUCGACUCGAAAAUGGUUGGCAAAAAGAUCCGAGUUGUGGCUUGGAACUUUAUUCCUUUCAAAUGUAGAGAUGGGGGUGCGAAAAGUGGGCUUUUAGAGAUCAUUGGAUGGGAGUUUGUACAUGCAUGUAGUGACAGGGUUUGCACUUUCUUGGAUUUUAGUUCUGUUUGCUUUACAUUAGGUCCUUGUGUCUUUAAAGAGAAUCGCAAGGUUAGUUCUUUGAUUUUUGGUGUGGUGGAGUCGAUAAGCCCAGCAUUUGUUGCCCCUCAUGCGAGUAGGGGAGGUGAACCAAAAGAUACAUGGGGCUUUCUUGUUAACGUACUUAUCUGUCCGUGCAAUUUUUGUCGAUCUAGACUUGGGGCAUCUGAACUGAAAACAAUGAGUGAGAAAACAAUGAAAGACCAUAGUUUUGGCGAGCCUGCGAUUUUGUACUUCAGUGGACUGGCUUCAUCAUGGCAUCCUGUAGUCUCAAGAUUCAUUGGCGACAUUGUUUUACUAACAGGUGUACAGAAAAAGAUGGUUUUUAUUACAAAGGGGGAGUCUCGAUUGACGUAUGUGACAACAGAUGAAGUGUCAUUGCAUAUACCCAGGCUGUUUAAAGGUCGGCAAACCUGCACUGUUGAUACAAAGAAGAAAGGGGAAGGUCGAAGCUACACUGGGGUUGUAACAGGUGUUUACAUGCAGGGAAUGGUUGUUGAGUUGGAUCAAAAUGUGAUAUUGUUAAUCACUGAUCAGCAUCUCACUGUGCCUCACAGUGUUAGAGUUGGUGCAAUUGUGACAGUAAAGAAUGCUCAUCUCGUGGAUCCGAAAUUUCCUUGGGGGAAAAUAUUGAUUCUUGGUGCUUGCUAUAGGACUAGUGUGCAUGUGGAGUUCUUCUCGCCUUUGGAAACAGGGUGUCAUCAAAAAGCACACUCCCAGAGCCUUCUUCAAAAGUUCAUCAACUCUUUGUCUUUCCCAGCCAGAUUAUGGACAUUACUUUUGGUUUCAAGUUUUAAGAAGAAGUUUGCUGGAGUUGUAUCUAAGAAGGAGAUCUUGGGAUCAAAACAUACACCGGGACUGGCACAGAAGUAUGCUAAUGGGCAUUUGUCACCAUCAGCCUUUCAGCAUCGGCAGGGAGUUCUAGUGGAAUUCUUCAAACAUGAUAUGUGUUCUAGGGUCAGGGGUGGACAUUGUGACCAACUAAAACUGGUCCUCUCUAUUGCUGAUUUAAUUAGUUAUUGUGAGACUUCCUGGAAGAAAAUUCUCGAGUAUGAGAAGAAUACUUCUGGUUUUGUGGAUGGCAUUAAUCAGAAAAGGCUUCUAUCUUGUGGUGGAAGAUCUUAUUUUCAAUCUAUCAAAAGAGUUCUACACUCUGAAGAAAUUGGUGUUCAUCUUCUAGGAACUCUAAAGAUAUCUUCAAUCUCUGGAAGAAUGCAGUUAGUAGAUGCCACUGGUGGCUUAGACAUCAUACUUGACCUCCCUGCAAUGUGGGACUUUGACAAGAUCUUUGAGGUGAGAGGUUUUACACUUAUUAUGGAAGGCAUACCCCCAAAACUGGCAGCCUUGGAUUCAAGCAUAUAUCCGCUGUUAUCAUGCCAAAGUAUAUUUAGUAAGUCUCUACCAUCAAGGAGGACGGAGACAUCUAUUUAUCUAUAUCAAAGACUAAGUGAUGAAGACACUAGAAGUUGUUCUAUUUUCUUUGAUUGGAAAAGAAUUUGUCAGGGGCUUGACAGUGGAAAAUUUCACUUGCUUAUGCUAAUGCAUAAAUAUCCUGUUCAGCGAAAGUUUCAAGGAGAUCUAGUGAAGAAGUCAAACAUGUUUGCAGAAGCCAUUGUGAUGCCUUGGGAUUUACUUAUUACUGGGAAAUGUGGAGAUGCAGGCCUGGGUAUGCUCUCCUCUGCCCAGCAUUGGAGUGAUUCCCUGGAUAGUUUUUAUGAAACUGGGGAAUUUGUGUCUGAAAAGAGAAGUAAAACUGAGCUAGGUUCAGGUGAAUCUUCAAGUUUGAAAGAUCCUAGAAAUGGAUUUUCUGUUCAUUCCAAUUCUCUUAGAGAAAAUUCAUAUCCAUGCCUGAUUGCCAGUAAAUAUGCAAGUUUUCACUGGCUGGGCAUGCUGCAAUGCACCAAUGGGCAUGCCAAGAUUGAUUCUGACUUCAAAGCACCAAGGAAAAAUGUAUUACUUGAAUUCGGCCCUGAUAGAUUUUCCACAUAUGAGGCAUUGAAAAUUGGCCAUUGCUAUCUCAUUAAACAUCAGGAGAAUGAUGUAUUGUGCUCUAUAAGAGGGAAUUGCGAAUCUAGCCGUACAAAGGUGUUCCUUUGUACCAAAUCAUAUCUUUGGAGUCUUACAUUUGCAUCCAUUGAAAGCCUGAAAUUUUCAGAUGCUUCUGAAGUGCUUCCAUGUUGCAAUUUUCAUACUUACAGCAGUGAAGUAUUACCCAAAAAAACCCAGCAAUCUGAAAUUCCACCCUUGACUUGCAAUGGCAUAGACAAUGAAGUUUCUGCAGACAACAAAAUAUUCGUUCCUUCCUCUGCCCUUACUUUUCUGAAGAAUAUCUCCUCAACAUUGCAUGGUGAUCUCAUGGAGACAAGGGAUUCGCUUCAGCAAGAACCAGAUGCCCAUGGCUAUAACAGUUCCACUGUAAAAGUGUCCAUGCAAUCUUUAGGAAACUCAUAUUCUGAUUACCCAUUUCCUCAAGGGAACUUGAUUACAUUGCAUGGGCUUGUUUCUGGUUUACAUGCUGUAAAUUGUGAUACUUUUCCUGGGUCACUUGAUCCCACAGCCAGUGAUGGUUAUCUGCCAAAGUUUCUCCAAGGGAGUGAUGGAAUCUGCAUCCAUGUCUUGGCGGCCAAUGAAAUAGUCAAAAUCCUUUGUGAUAGAAGUAAACAUCAUUACCCAGUUGGAUUGGGAAAAGAUGCUUAUGCAACCUUUCACCGAGUGCUUUUCCUUGGUAGGAACAGCUGUAUGAUGAUGCCUGUAUCUUUCAUAACAAUCAACAACACAAACUCCGCCAAUGCCCAUCCUGACGGUGAUCUCAAUUGUUCAUCUGGAAAUGUAGGUUCACCCAGUGUUGCUUCUUCAAACACUGUUUGGCAAACACUGAUUUCUGAUGCAUUGCAAUUAUCCGAGAAUAAACCCAUGCAAUUCCGGUGCAGGGUUGUUGGUAUCUAUGUACUUGUACUGGAGAAGGCCAGAGAAACCUCAGUUUCACACUCUAGUGCCCACUCUGUGCCAUCUGUCGGGAUCCCAUUUGUUGGUUUCUUCAUGGAUGACGGAUCAUCCUGCUGUUGUUGUUGGGCCAACUCAGAGGUGGCUGCAACCUUGCUUCAAUUAGAGUUUCGAGAAUCUUUACUCGAACAUCCUGUGAAAACUUUGCGGAGUACUGCAUGUUAUGCCAGAUUGCCUUUCACUUCCACUGUCAGCAAACUAAACAAGAUAUUGGAGUACCACGGCAGAAUUGUGGUGAAAAACUGUGGCCCCUCAUUCGAUCCAUUGUGUCAAGAGCUGGCAUUUUUUGUGGAGUCGGACAGAUUGAUUGGCAGUUCGGAUGAAAAUCUGGUUAGAAGCAUGGUUACCAAUGCUAUUGUCAGCAAUUCAUGGACAAUUACCGGAAGCCGCAUGGAUUUGGAAACCAUGAGCUGGCUGGAAGAGCAGCUAACAGUACUGGACAUGGCAGUUCCUCCAUUGCCGAACAUAUUGGCGAGAAGCGUUUGUGGUGUCGACACGCUUAUGGAGGCCCGCAAUCUUCUUCUAGAGCUUGUAUAAAUGCUGGUAAGUUUUUAGACAGUGAAUUAAUUGAAUCGUAGUUUGACUGCAUAUCAUUAUCAUUGCCAUAUUAUUGAAAAUGCUGAUAUAUAAGAAUGUUUAUAGCGCUGUACAUUUGUCGGGAGAAUGUUUAUCCAAAAUGUUGUGUUGCAAGUUUGAGUUGUUUCAAAUCAUGCCAUGAGAUUGGAUGUAAUAUUUUUCACACUGCAGAUGUCAACAUUAAUUCAUUUGGUCUGUUCUGGUCUGCAUUCACGUUUAAAACAUUGGCCAUGCGUGUGUGUAUGAAUUC